AUCAUCAUUCACUCGCUCUGACUGAGGGCAAACGGUCACAAGAAGAAGAGGAGACACGUGUGAGCAGAGAGGAGGGACCGGAUUUAUCCAAGGCACACUGAGAACUUAACUUCCAAAGGCUAAAACCAAGUACUCUCUACAUGUAAAGCUGGGCAGAGUGACUUGAAAUCCAACUGAAAGGAGCAUACGAACUGACCUGAGUGCAGCCGGAGAGGUUGAGGUGGAUGAGAUUGUGACAGCCCUUUCCUGUGCUCAGAGGGUGAGCAGCAGCUGUGUUCCAUCAACAAUAACAUUGUUGCACUUUGACCCAGCGCUGCUGUCUUUGUGAGGCUUUCAUCACAAACUGCUGCUUUACCUCCAGCCCUUCUUACUGAAAGGACAAUAACUGCAGGGCUCAGGAUGCGUUUGACCUCCACUCUCCUCUUGACCUGCCUGCUCCUCCUGCUCACAUUAAGUGAGACGAAGAAACCCGGGAAGGGCCGGGGCCUCCGAGGAGCAAGACACAAACUCACACGGGACAGGGUGAGAAGUACUGGGAUUCAGAGCAGAUCUCGUUCCUCCAGACUUGUAGCACCUGACUGCUCAGAGCUCACAGAGUUGGGAGAAGUCUUUGUGGACUGCCAGAACCGCCGCCUAAACUUCAUCCCUCCCGCUCAGACCUGGUCCCAACAGCCAAAACACCUGCUUUUUGCCCGCAACCGGAUCAAAGUCCUGCGUGACGGGGCCUUUUCAGGAUAUGAGGGUCUAACAAGUCUGGACCUGCAGCAGAACCACAUCACUUUGAUAGAAGAAGGGGCCUUCCAGGGCCUGACAGAACUUACAACCCUGCUGCUGCAGAACAACCGCCUGGGGACCCUCAGCGAGGAGGCCCUCAUACCCAUGUCCAACCUGGGCUACCUACGUCUGCAUGGUAAUCCCUGGAGCUGUCUCUGUCCGAUGGACAGUCUCAUUCGCACCCUGCAGGUCCCAAGCAACCGGAAUUUUGGGCCACAUGCUAGGUGUGCAGAGCCCCUCAGACUCAAAGGCAUAAAAUUGAAGCAGGUUGACCCUGAAAUGCUCUGUAAGGAGGCAGACCCAGCUGGAGACCCUCAGGGCGAUGAAACAGAGCCCUUAUUUUCUUUAGACCCCAUUCCCAUUCGCAUCAAACCAGACGCCACCAUAGCCUGUCACACCUACCUUUUCCCCCAAGUACGGAUGGACUGCAGUAACCGAGGUCUGACCGAGGUGCCAACAGGUAUUCCAGACAAUGUCGUUCACAUCGAUCUCUCCCAUAAUUCAAUCAGCCAUCUCAAGGCCAAAAAUUUUCAUGGAGCAAAAAGCCUCAGGACCCUCAACAUGAGUCAUAACUCUAUGGAGAACAUUGACAAAGCGUCCUUAUCAGGGCUCCUGCACCUUCGGGAGCUGGACCUAUCCAACAACAGCAUGCAUUUUAUCCAAUACGGGGUUCUUGAGGACCUUUACUUCCUGUCACAGCUUAAACUUGAGGGGAACCCCUGGGUGUGUGACUAUAGCAUUCACUACAUGGUGUACUGGAUGCGUCUGCACCCUGCGGUGAGGCACUCUGGCCUGCUGUGUCGCUCCCCUCCUCAGCACACCGGGAUGCCUGUGCAGGAAUAUGUGGACUGGUACAACACAGAUUGUCCCAAAGACAGACAGCGCAGCAGAGCAGACGAAACUGACCCCGAGCUGUGGAACACACCAAUGGAGGUGCAGGGAGAGCUGGAGGAGGAGCUGGAGCCGAACCACCUCAGAGCUCCAAAGAAAUAUGAGAUCUACAGGCUGGCAUAACUCAAAUGGACUCAAGUUUGACUUUCUCUUUUUCUCCCGUUCUUUAUUUCUUUUUAAUGUCAUAAAACAGUCUGUAUCAGACGUAGUAACCAUG